AUGUGCCAAGGUGCCGAUUCAGACUUCGAAGAGCCAAGCGCGACCAGCACCUGGGAGACAAGGCAUGGUGGACAGCGCUGCGACAGCCUUUGCAGUGCCACUGGCUGCGCUGACCUUGGCCGCUGCUUCACGGCCUUCAAAAAACCAGAGGCGCCAAAGUUUGCCAGAUCACGGCUUCUCAAGAGUUUGGACUGGACGCGCUACCACCUAUGGGUGCUCUUCGUCGACAGCUGCGAGCCUUCCUAUGCACGAUCCAGGCUCUGCCGAUUCUUCUUCGAGAAGGUGUGCCAAGGGCACAGCACUGCCUCGCUGCUGUACUGCGCAGCCGGGGGCCUUGAAGAUACACAGAACGAGGAGAUGGACUUGGAGCUCCCUGCAUCGGUUCCAGAUUUGCAUUCCGGGGACUUGCAGAACCUGGUCGUUCCGCCCUACAUGUUCACACCCAUGGACUUCAGCAUGUACGAUGUGGUCGUAGCAGCGGAUGAGGCCACCGCGGAUGCAAUUCGGAAGCGCCUGCGAGAGACUGGACAAUCAGAUCGCGAUGAGCUUUGCGUCCUGACCGACUUCAUGGAUGCAUACGAUGUCCUGCUCGAGGCAGAACAGGAGAAUCCAGUCCUGGAGCCCGCGCCGGGUGUUGGGCAAGGCCUGCUGAGCCAGGAGGGCCUGGCUCGGCUCAUGCCUGGUCAACCCCUGCGUGGCACUCCACCGCCACGACCCGUGGGCCCGCCGCUGCCGGGGCUUCCCUCGGCCUGGCAGGAGCUGUGGUCGGUGGCCAACAGCAGCAUAGAUGAGCUAUCGGACACAGGCAAGAGGCUGAUGGAGCAAAGAAUGGGUCCGAUGCGGUCUCGAAACACUGGAAAGCCGCGGGCCACGAGGGAGGUCGGGAGGCUCCUGGCCAUGUUGGCCACCUCAGCGAGCAUUCCUCAGAAUAUGCGCUGGUGGAACGACGAG